UACACGCAUAUCUUUGUUGGUCGGCGGUCUGCCGGGGCUGGGUCCGUUGCGUCUUCUGAAGGCCCGAGGAACAGUGACGACAAUGGAUUCCUUUUGUGGAUCCGCGUUUUGGGAUCCGCAACUAGCCUGGGAGGUUGGGAGCAGUCCAGACUUCACCACCUGCUUCCAGGAAACGGUGCUGCUAUGGAUUCCCUGUGGAUUCCUCUGGCUUCUUUUGCCUUUUGAGAUUCACUACUACAAUUCACGGAAGGACCGCUUUGUGCCGUGGACUUUCCUGAACGUCCUGAAAGUGGUUCUGCUGUGUCUGUUAUGCAUCCUGUCCCUCCUGGAAAUUGUACAUGCGAUGCUCCUCUACGGGGAUGGCCUGGACGUGUUCCCCGUCACAUACUACGCCCCCUUCAUUCGUCUGGCCACAUUUUUGGCUGCCCUGGCUCUGGUUGUCGCAGGGCGUCGCUGUGGGGUACACACCUCGGGAGUGAUGUUCAUCUUCUGGCUUCUGAUGACUCUUUCUUCGGGUGUUCAUUAUCGCUCCAUGCUCAUCAAAGUCUUCGGCGAGGGUGAAACGAUAUCUGAGGACCACUUUGCCUUCUACUUCACGUUAGCCAUGGUGUACUUCCCUUUGAUCGUCGGGGAAUUUCUUCUCAGCUGCUUUGCGGACACGAGUUACCUCAUUGCUGGAGCUCCGAAAAAUCCCAGGCUCGUCUGUCCGGAAGCCACGGCAUCGUUUUUGUCCCAGCUGCUCUUCUGGUGGUUCAACGGCAUGGCUAUUCUGGGCUUUCUGCGUCCUCUUCGCAUGGAGUUCAUGUGGAAGUUACAGAAGCACAACCAGACCGAGGACAUCGUAGACAAAUUCAGCACGGAAUUCGAGAAAGAGAAGCAGAAAAGAGGGGCGGUGCGUAGCAAGAAGCCCGAUGCCAAAGGACAGUUCCCCGUGGUGUCCCAAGUGGGUAUUAUGCGUCCCCUCCUGCGUACUUUUUCCUUGGAACUCGUUGUCAUCGCCCUCCUCAAGUUUACGGCCAGUGUACUCACCUUCGUCAACCCUCUGGUGCUUGACAUGCUCAUCGGAUACGUCAACUCUGACGACCCAAUAUGGAAAGGUUUGCUCUUUGCUUUCACAAUGUUCUUCGCCUCCAUGGUGGAAUCGCUACUCAACGGCCAGUACGAUUACCGCAUAUUCUGCGUGGCUAUGCGCAUGCGCUCGGCCAUCAUCAACGCCGUCUAUCAGAAGACGCUCAAAUUGUCGAGCACAGCUCGCAGCAAAUUCACUACCGGGGAGAUCGUGACCCUGAUGUCCGUGGACACCCAGCGUGUGAUGGACUACAUGCAAGUGUUCAACCUGCUUUGGGUGACACCUCUGCAGAUCGGCAUUGCCAUUUAUCUUCUUUGGGGUCAGCUCGGGGUGGCCACAAUGGGAGGUGUGGGUAUCAUGCUGCUCUUGCUGCCCAUAAACGGAGUCAUCACUGCCUACAUACGAAAGUACCAGGUCGUCUUGAUGAAGCAGAAGGACAAGCGUAUCAAGAUAAUGAACGAGAUCUUGGGAGGUAUUAAGGUUCUCAAGCUGUACGCCUGGGAAAAGUCCUUCCGGGGACGUGUCGAGGACAUUCGUGAGAAGGAAGUGAGCUCUCUCAAGGUUCAAGCCUACCUCAGCGCCGCCAUCAUAUUCGCCUUCACGGCUGCUCCAUUCCUGGUAGCUAUCGCCAGUUUCGCCGUCUUUGUGAUGCUGGAUCCUUUGAAUGUCCUGGAUGCCAACAAGGCCUUCGUGUCCCUCUCCCUGUUCAAUAUCCUGCGAGUUCCCAUGGCAUUUCUUCCCAUGCUUAUCACAUUCACGGCUAUGUUUUUCGUCUCUCUGGCGCGUAUCAACAAAUAUCUGCGUUGCGACGAGCUCGAUCCUGAUGCUGUGCACCACAGUGCUCAGGAAGAGGAGCCCGUGGUCAUGUCCGAAGGGACCUUUGCCUGGUCAAAGGACGCUUCCCCGACAUUACACGACGUCGGCCUGCGUGUUCCAAAGGGAUCUUUGCUGGCAAUCGUGGGCUCCGUUGGCAGUGGAAAGUCUUCCAUUCUCUCUGCCCUCCUUGGGGACAUGGUGCGCCUCAAAGGACGCGUCAACAUCAACGGAUCUGUGGCUUACUGUCCCCAACAAGCGUGGAUUCAAAAUGCCAGCGUCAAGAGCAAUAUCCUCUUCGGCCAAAGAUGCGAGCAGGGACGCUACGAGCAGGUGAUCGAUGCCUGCGCUCUUCGGCCGGACCUCGCUAUAUUGCCAGGGGGAGACGAGACGGAAGUUGGGGAGAAGGGCAUCAACCUUAGCGGAGGACAGAAGCAACGCAUCAGUCUUGCACGAGCUGUCUACAGCGGAUCUGACAUUUAUUUCCUGGAUGACUCGUUGAGCGCCGUUGACUCCCACGUUGGAAAACACAUCUUCGACAAAGUCAUUGGACCCAAAGGACUGCUUAAAGACAAGACACGCAUCUUGGUCACCCAUCGGCUGUCGGUGCUCCCAGAAGUGGGUACCAUCGUGGUCCUCAAGGAUGGACGUGUGUCCGACGCGGGCACCUACAACGAGCUGGUGUCGCGUGGCGGGGCCUUCUCCGAAUUUCUGGUCCAGUUUCUGAAGCACGUGGAAGAGACACAGGAAGGAGCUUCCGACGAAGACCUUCAACUAGUGAGCGAGAUCGUUGCGAAGGCGGGGGCACCUCCAGAGCUAGUCAAGCAGUACUCUCGGUUGAGCGCGAACGAGAGUGAUUCGGGUUCCGAUGUAGAACGUCGAAGCAAGCCACGUACUACGUCCGGCUCUGCGGAACCAUCUCUGCCACCUAUCAAGGAGAAGGCGGCUCUCGCGACCGGAAGCAAGCUGACGGAGGAUGAAGUAGCCGAAGUGGGAUCGGUGAAGUGGUGGGUGUACUUAGCAUACGUGAAGGCGAUGGGCACCUGGUGCACCGUCCUCACCCUGUUCGCGUACGUGCUUUCCCACGCGUUCAACAUUAUGGGCAGCCUGUGGUUGAGUGCAUGGAGCAAUGAUGCCCUGGACCCUUCUUUGCUGGGAGACGCACAGCAGCGAGACUGGAGGCUUGGCAUGUACGGCAUGUUUGGCGCCGUUGAGACUGUAUUUGUGCUCGUGGCCAGCGUGUCCCUCAACCUGGCUGCGCUGAGAGGCAGCAAGAUCUUGCACAACAACAUGUUACAGCGGGUGCUCAAGGCACCCAUGUCCUUCUUCGACACCACGCCUAUGGGAAGGAUCCUCAAUAGGUUCUCGAAGGACGUGGACACAGCGGAUGUGACGCUGCGCUUCAACCUCCGCAUGUUGCUGAUGCAGUUCUUCCGCACGAUAGCAUCUUUUAUCGUCAUCUCUAUGCAGAAUGCGCUCUUCCUGGCCUUUGCCAUUCCUCUGCUCGUCCUCUACUAUUUCAUGCAGAAAUUCUACAUUGCCACCUCGAGACAGUUGAAGCGUCUCGAGUCCAUCUCCCGUUCCCCGAUCUACGUGCAUUUCUCAGAGACGGUAACGGGUUCGAGUUCGAUCCGUGCCUACGGCGCUGGUGACCGCUUCGUCGCUCGGUCCAACGAGCUCACCGACAUCAAUCACGCCAGCUACUUUCCCAGUCUCGCCGCUUCCCGGUGGUUGGGGAUUCGUCUGGAGUUCUUGGGCUACACUAUAGUCUUCGUGGCCGCUCUGUUGGCAGUCCUGACGCGCGAGACCCUCUCGCCCGGCCUCGCUGGCCUCUCGGUCAGCUACGCUCUCACGGUAACGGCCACCCUGAACAUGCUGGUACGCGCAACGUCAGACAUGGAGACAAAUCUAGUCUCCGUGGAGAGAUGCCUCGAAUACUCCAGGACACCGCAAGAGGCUGCAUGGGAGAAGCCCGAGAGGAAGCCACCGACACAGUGGCCCGCUGCGGGUCGCGUCCAAUUCGACAACUACUCUACCCGCUACAGGAAUGACCUGGAUCUGGUACUCAAAGGAGUCACGUGUGAUCUGCAGCCAGGGGAAAUGGUUGGUGUCGUUGGGAGAACUGGCGCGGGCAAGUCUUCCCUCACGCUGUCCCUCUUCCGUCUUAUCGAAGCUGCCGGUGGGUCCAUUACUAUCGAUGGCGUAGACAUCGCCACUCUGGGUCUGCACGACCUCCGUUCCAAACUGACCAUCAUCCCUCAGGACCCAGUGCUCUUCAGCGGAAACAUUCGUAACAACUUGGAUCCUUUUGAAGAGUUCAGCGACGACGAAGUGUGGUUGGCUUUGGAGCAUGCUCAUCUGAAAGACUUUGUGGCUGGUCUGGAGAAGGGGCUACUGCAUGAUGUUACCGAAGGAGGAGACAACAUCAGCGUCGGACAACGUCAGUUGGUGUGCCUGGCACGUGCCCUUCUACGCAAGUCCCGGAUUCUUAUCUUGGAUGAAGCGACGGCAGCCGUCGACAUGGAGACGGACGAACUCAUCCAACAGACCAUCAGACGGGAAUUUUCUUCCUGUACCAUCAUCACCAUUGCCCACAGGCUCAACACCAUCAUGGACUACGACAGGGUUAUGGUGCUAGACAGCGGCAGCAUCGUGGAAUGUGCCCCGGUUGAGCAGUUGCUCAAGGACGAAAAAUCCGUCUUUUAUUCCCUAGCCAAAGAUGCCAACCUGGUCUGAACUGCACCUUUUUUGUAAACGAUUUUAAAGUACCUCUCUUAUUAUUUUACGCAUUUGUUCGAGUCUAUGUAUAUAUGGCAAUAAACGUUUACCACUCAAGCAUCGGAUAACAUUACCGUCUUCGACGGUACCGUACCCGAUGUCCUUCGAGGGAUUUUGAGCUU